AUGCUGAGAGGAGGUAGGGAACAGCCUGAGGGAACUCCUCAGCCAGCCCCCCGGCACAUCUUCCAGGAGAGGCAGAGGAUCACCAGCCUCCCUUUGUACUUCCAAGGUUACCUGUCUGUCCGGCACUCAAGAUGCCAGGAAUUUAGAAUGUAUUGGACAGAACUCAGAGGAACUAUGCUCUUCUUUUAUGACGAUAAGAAAGCCCCAACAUACUCACAGAAACUGGAUAUAUCAGCUUUGACCUCAGCAACCAAUGUUUGUCCAGACGAAAGUGGCUCUGCACGGUUCAUCCUGAUGCUGCCAACUGGGGAAUUAGAACUGAAGGCUAAUGAUUGUGAAUGUGGGAAAGAAUGGAAGGGUUUUAUUCUUACUGUAACAGAGCUGUCCAUUCCACCAGAUGAGUCAUUACCACCUGAGCAACUGAGACGAAUGCAAGAAGUGCUAUACAAGGAAAAGCAUAGAAGGAAUAUGCUUAACAACUGUGCCAGCACAGCCUUGGACAGAAAGAGCCCUCCCAGCAGUACACAGACCCCUCUGCCAGCGUGCUUCUAUGCAGUGUCUCGGCAAGAAGCCGUAGAGAUGUUAGAGAAGAACCCUGCCCAUGGGAAUCUGAUCCUGCGUCCCGGCAGCGACAGCAAGAACUAUGCAAUCACUGUCCUGCACAGGCUGGAUCCCCCACACUUAAAGCACUAUAAAGUGGUGUCCAAAGGAACAAGUUACCUUAUUGAUUUAGAAAGACAGGUGACGCUCCCAAGCCUUCAGGAUGUUGUCAGUUACUUUAUGACCCAAACCCGAGGGACCCUGAAGCCGUACGUCGUCCCGACGCGCGCCGCAGAGGACCCGGUGUGCUUCUAUGCAGUGUCUCGGCAAGAAGCCGUAGAGAUGUUAGAGAAGAACCCUUCCCAUGGGAAUCUGAUCCUGCGUCCCGGCAGCGACAGCAAGAACUAUGCAAUCACUGUCCUGCACAGGCUGGAUCCCCCACACUUAAAGCACUAUAAAGUGGUGUCCAAAGGAACAAGUUACCUUAUUGAUUUAGAAAGACAGGAUGUUGUCAGUUACUUUAUGACCCAAACCCGAGGGACCCUGAAGCCGUACGUCGUCCCGACGCGCGCCGCAGAGGACCCGGUGUCCUGA